CUGUUAAAGUAGAAAUAGAAUCUACAGUCUCUUAAAAUUCUCAAAUGCAAAAUGCAUAUACAUAGAAAAGAAAGCUCAGGACUGUCCAAUUUCUCCCUUUCUCUCUCUCUCUCUUAAUUUUCUUCACUUUUCUUUAUCCUCACUCAUUCCCUUAACUCUUGCCACCAUCUUAGGACAAUCCCCAAAGCUCAAAAUACCUCAAAGCAUCAAUCAGCUCAUUCAUCUCUCCCUUACUGUCACAGGUAUUUUUCCAUGGUGUUAUACUUAUGAUCCAACAUGUAUCAUCUGCUAUGCCAUGUUUUGAGUUUUUGAGCUAUAUUUGGAAGGAAAACUGUUGAAUUUCUUGAAAUGGAGGAAAGGAAAUUGAAUUUUAAUGCUCCGCUUUUAUCGGUGAGGCGAUUUUCGGGGACAUCUUCAUUUCAAGAUAGAAAUAAGCAGAAAAUCAUUGAGAAUCCUGCCCCUGCUAUACGAGAUGCUCUCCCCUGGUACAGCUCGGAUGCGAGUUUGGAUCAAGUAACCGAACCUGUUGCGGUUCCUUUUGUAUGGGAACAGAUCCCUGGGAAAGCAAAAGGUGGCGUCGAGCACGUGUUCGAGAUGGAUAAGGAAGCUUCUGGUACUCCGAGGCUUCCGCCAGGACGGGUUUUGCAAGUCGUGAAGCCUCCUGUGGAGAAUGACUGUGUGAAGCAGAAUAUGGCUAGGCCCCAACCUGAAAUAUAUUCCGUGAAUGAUAAUGCGACUAAAUUAGACUGCUUGAAUGACGGGAUGAAAGAGAAAUGUGUCUCGGAAUCUGAAAACGAUGAUGAUGAUGAUGUUUAUUCUGAUGCACUUGAUACUUUGUCCCCGACAGAUUCAUUCUCCAUGAAUUGUAGUAUAAGUGGUUUAAGUGGACUAGAUGGCCUGGUUGCAAAACCAUCAGGAACAUUCUCUACCGAUCCACAAACUCAGGAUUUCAUGUUGCGUCGGUUUUUGCCUGCUGCCAAGGCAAUGGCCCUGGAGACACCUCAGUAUGCUUUAAGGAAACAAUCUACGGCACCCGAACAACCUAGAGAGGUUAAGAAAUUGGUUGUUGCGGAUAGGAAACCUCUUGUUAAUCAAUACGAGACAGCUAUCGUUCCGUAUCAUAACCAGGAUGUAGAUGAAGAAGAAACAGAUGAUGAAUCCAUUGACUAUCAGGAUUCUGGCAAUCUAUCGAGAAAAGCUUGUGGCUUGUUGCCUCGGUUAUGCUUCAAGAACUCUCUGUGCCUCUUAAAUCCUGUUCCUGGAUUAAAAUCUAGGACCCACUCUUCAAUGUCUUCUAGUCGCGAUGUCGCAAAACCGUGCAAAGCUACCUACUUGAAGUCUCACAGCCAAAUUGCUGAGAAGAAUGCUCGGGAUGUUGUUCAUGAGGACAAAUCAGCUAGGGGAGUUCGAUCCCCUCAGCUCCCCAUGAACAAAUCCGAUGGUGCAUUUGAACGACCUAGGCUCUCCAAGGACAAAUCCGGUACUGCAUUUCAAUCACCCAAGCUCUCCAAGGACAAACCAGAUACUGCAUUUCAAUCACCCAGGCUCUCGAGGGACAAACCGAAUACUGACGUUCAAUCCCCUAGGCUCCCUGAGAUAGGGAAAGAGCUGAUAUGCGUAUCAAAUCAGUUUAGCAGCUCAAAUGACCAGCAGAUAGUGAAUAAGUCAACUCCCAAAAAACUUCCAGGUAGUGCUUGCAUUUCUCCGUAUCGUAGGGAGAGACCUCAAUCACCGUUCCGUGGAGGGGGCUUUCUUGGCAUGCCUAAAGAAGCUGAGAAAUACAAAGCUAAUAUGAUGGUUAAGUAUACCAGAAGCAAUAACAGCUCGCAGGAAUUAGUACCGUAUCAGAGCAGCAGACAAGGCUCAGGUCCUCUAAGCCCUGCAGUUGAGAAAACUUUGUAUGUAGAUACUGUGAAUGAAAUGGCAAGUUCAAAUUCCAAUUCCUCGGAUACGAAAGUCCAAAUGGAUUCCAUAGGAAAACAUUCAAAUACCUUAGAAGUGAACAAAGUGUUGGAAGAACCUGCUACCAUGGAAUCUCCCCUUCAAGAUACAAAAGGCCUUAGUCUCUUGGAUGGAAAAGGCAUAUUGGAAUACGAAACCGCAGGGUCAGUCAAAUCCAGUCGAUCUUCUUUCUCUGACAAACCUGAUCUCAGAGGUCAAGCAGAAAUGAUAGAUUGCUUCAAGCAGAAUGGAGGACUUGAUCAAGAAUUUAAGUCAUUGCAACGUAUAAAAGUCAGAGCUGAUGGAAAUCUGACUCCUACCGAUAUUGAUGAUUCGAAAGCAGCUGAUGAAACUAAGGCUGGUUCCGAUCACUCUCCUCUUCCACCUCCUUUGCCAAAAACACCAUCCGAGUCUUGGCUUUGGCGUGCUCUGCCUUCAACGACAUCUAGAAAAUCAUCUUUACAGCCUUACACCGGUACUCGUUUUAAACCUAAGAAACAAGAACCUAAGGCACCUUCUACUGAUACCAAGUGGGAAACAAUUGUCAAAACUUCCUACUUGCAUCAUGAUCAUGUCCGCUAUUCUGAGGAACUAGUAACCCCUUUUUCUCAGCAAUCCAAAACUUGAAAAAACACUGAGAGCAUCACUGCAUUCCUUGCACUCACUGCCUUUGUUUCGCAGUUUCGGUUCCAACGUGGUCAGAGCUGGUUAAGAUUUUGCUGCAGCCUACCAUUUUUCUUCUUUCUUCCAAGAGCUUCUCCUUCCACUCUCCUUCUAUGGGCAACUGGAUUUGUUAGCUCUUGUUAUUGUACAAGCUUGUAAGUUGUUCAUUUCUUUUUCCCUAUACAUCACCCAUAAGUGCAGGCCGAGGCCGCUGUUAUGUCAAAGUCCGAUUCGAAUCUUGUAAUGACCACAAAGAUCUUUUUUUUUUCCUUUUUUACCUUUUGUACUUGGUUGUGGUGCUUGUCUUGCACUCGGGUCUCAACAGAUUGUUGUGAAAAAUAUAUUGGAAAAAUAGUAAUCAAACUAUUGUAUAUUUUCUA